UUUGAGUGCCUUCCCUGGAGCUGUGGAGGAUGACACAAAGGGUAAUAAAGGGGGGGAGUGGAGGAGGAGGAGGCAAAGGAGGAGGAGGAGAGCUGGGGAAGUGGCUGCUCCCAGUGUAGGGAGAUGUCUCCAGCCAGGGCCAAGCAACAGCAGCAGCAGCAACAGCAGCAGCAGCAACAGCAGCAGCAACAGCAGCAGCAGCAGCAGCAACAGCAAAGGGUGACCCACCACUUCACCCUUGCUUCUGAGCCUGGGACGCUUCUGGAAGAGCCAAUCCGGGUGUGUGAAUUUGGAUCAACUUCUAGUUAGCCUUGCCGGGUCUGCAUCCUGCAUCGCCUCCUUUUCUGUCGUCCUAGGGAUUUUUGGAGAAGCGGAUUUGAGUUGUUCAAAAUGAGCAAUCGUAAGACCAAGAGUAACAACGUAAUACAUGCAGAAUGUCUUUCAGAGGUACAAACAAUCUUACGUGAAAGAUUUUGUCAUCAGAGCCCACAUAGUAACCUAUUUGGAGUCCAAGUACAAUACAAACAUUUAAUUGAGCUACUCAAAAGAACUGCUAUCAAUGGAGAAAGUAACUCUGUACUCAUUGUUGGACCACGAGGAUCAGGAAAGACCAUGUUAAUAAAUCAUGCUUUGAAAGAACUCAUGGAAAUACAAGGAAUGAGUGAGAAUGUGUUACAAGUUCACCUAAAUGGACUGCUGCAGAUAAAUGAAAAAAUUGCUCUGAAGGAGAUCACAAGGCAAUUAAAUCUGGAAAAUGUAGUUGGAGAUAAAGUUUUUGGAAGCUUUGCUGAAAACCUUUCAUUUCUUCUGGAAGCUUUAAAAAAAGGUGACAGGGCUAGCAGUUGCCCAGUGAUCUUCAUCCUGGAUGAAUUUGAUCUUUUUGCUCAUCAGAAAAACCAGACACUCCUUUAUAAUCUUUUUGACAUUUCUCAGUCUGCACAGACGCCAGUAGCAGUUAUUGGUCUUACAUGUAGAUUGGAUAUUUUGGAACUCUUGGAGAAAAGAGUGAAGUCACGGUUUUCUCAUCGGCAGAUACAUUUAAUGAAUUCAUUUGGUUUUCCACAGUAUGUGAAAAUAUUUAAAGAACAGUUAUCUCUGCCUGCAGAAUUUCCAGAUAAAGUUUUUGCUGAGAGGUGGAAUGAGAAUACUCAGUGUCUCUCAGAAGACUCAACUGUGCGUGAAGUUUUACAGAAACAUUUCAAUGUCAACAAAAACUUGCGGUCAUUACAUAUGCUAUUGAUGCUUGCUUUAAAUCGAGUAACAGUAUCACACCCAUUUAUGACUUCAGCAGAUCUAAUGGAGGCACAACAUUUGUGUAACCUGGAUUCUAAAGCAAGUAUUGUACAUGGUCUGUCAGUCUUGGAAAUCUGUCUUAUAAUAGCAAUGAAACAUUUAAAUGACAUAUAUGAAGAGGAGCCCUUUAAUUUUCAAAUGGUCUAUAAUGAGUUUCAGAAAUUUAUUCAAAGAAAGGCCCAUUCUGUUUAUAACUUUGAGAAACCUGUGGUCAUGAAGGCGUUUGAGCAUUUACAACAAUUGGAAUUAAUAAAACCCAUGGAAAGAACUUCAGUCAAUUCACAGAGAGAAUACCAGCUAGUGAAACUACUUUUGGAUAAUACUCAAAUUAUGAACGCUCUACAGAAGUACUCCAACUGCCCUACAGAUGUCAGGCAGUGGGCAACAUCCUCACUAAGCUGGCUGUGAAUAUUUUGCGUACAUUUCUGUAAAAAACUAAAAGCUACUACUGCCCUUUAAAAGAGAUAUAUUACAUUCCUUUGUUUAUAAAUACUGUUUAUGAGAAACUUGAA